AAUAAUUAAAUUAUUAAACCCGACAUACAAUCAAAAGUAACUUCACGCACCAUCCAUCAGUCAAAUCCUCGCUUCACUGCAAACGCUCUUGUGAGUCGUUUCGUUCCGUUGAUUCGGUUUGGUUUUAGCGGUUGAUUGAAAAGAUCCGAUUCAAAAGAACGAGUCGUUUACGAAAUGGGACAUCGCCAGUCUGCAUUAUUAUCACGCUGUUUGUGGGAAUACCGAACACCAACCCACAAAGCAUUACUGACUACAGAUUUACUCGAUUAUGCUUUGCAAAUACAUCGGUAUUUCUUUUAUCUCGCUCUCUUUACUUUAGCGCAACGUUAGCAUAUUAGCCGUCCGGUUCUACAGCUUUUGUGACUAAAUUGUUAUGUGCUAUUUGCUACUAUCGACUAUUAGCCUAUGCUUUGAAGCAUGAGUUAUGAUAGAUAAUGUAUUUGUAUCAAUUACAUGGAGGUGAACAGGAACAACUUAUGCAUUGAGAAGUGCUAGUUAGCCAGCUAGCUGAGUAGACUGAAGUGCUAUGCAUCAACUUGCUCCUGGUCCUCCUCUCGGCUUUUGGAUUGCUGAUAUUGACAGAGACAUUUAGAUAUUAAAAUAGCCUAAAGCCCUGGCACUUGCGUUACAUGGGAAAUCUACAAUGUCGAGGAUCCUUCUGGGCCUGGUAAUGCUUGCAGGAUGCACUGUUACUGUUGAAGAUGUUCAAGCCUUUGACGACCCGAUCACCAGACUUGUGAAUGAAAAAGCAGGUGAGCGGUGCUCGGGUAGAGUGGAGGUGCGUCAUGGGCAUCAGUGGGGCACCGUGUGCCAGCGUGGUUGGGAUCUGGAGGAUGCCGCAGUGGUUUGUAGAGAGCUCGACUGUGGCUUCGUGUUGGACAUUCCAGGCAGCGCUCGUUUCGGACGGGCCGGUGGAGAAGUGCUGUGGAGGAAUGUGAAAUGCUCGGGUGACGAGUUUGCCCUGGAUCUGUGUGAACGCACCCUCAAUGAUGAUGUGUGUAUGCACAGUGAGGAUGCUGGAGUGGAGUGCACAGGAAAACUCCUAGCACCCACCUUGUCAAUUCAGUCUCGCUUCUACACCUAUUCGGCCGGAGAGGCUGUUCACUUUAAAUGCACUGCCCCAUACUGGCAGUCCGUCAUUGACUUCCAUCUGUACAAAAGAGGUGUGGACACUCCGCUAGUGACCCAGAGAGCAGAUCCCAGACAAAUGACGGUGGAUCUGACUCUGUCAGACUCAGAAAUCUCCCAUCAGGGCAGCUACAGCUGUCUCUACAGGAUACACACCAAACUGGGAAACUCUCCCUCAGGAUUUUCUCCACACAGCAACUUCAUUAACAUCACAGUCUUGGAGAUUCACACUCCCCAAAUCUGGUACAACACGUCUCCUGAGGCCCGGCCGGGUUGGGUCAUCCGGGGCCAUAGUUUUAACGUCACCUGCUCCAUGCAGCCUCAGUAUCCAGGAGGAUCCUUUCAGCUGCGGCUCAUCAGGCCCAAUGGAACCGUCCGGCACUCUCUGCCAGCCCUCGCUCCCUCCGUCACCUUUACCUUCUCCAAUGCCCAGUCCAAUAAUGAGGGCUACUACUGCUGUCUCUACAAGGUCCAGACUGGAGAGCGCACAUUUAUCUCGAGGGAGAGUCAGCCUUUACCCAUCUCUAUUCGAGAAGUAGAUCCGGUGAUGAGCCCGGUGUUCAUCAGUUUACUGGUGUCCAGUUUGACGUUUGUGGUGGCCACGUGUGCCAUUCUGAUUGUUGCCAAAGUGUACUGCAAGAGAGUGAGCAAACCCACUGAACUGGAGCGAGAGAGCAGGACCUGUGUUGACAACACAUACAUUGCCUUGACAAUCAAGUAAUGGAAGUUCUAAAAGAAGGUCAUGUGAAUUGUUUUUUGUUUUUAUUUGUUUUGUGUGUUGGUUUUUUUUGAGGAGGGAUAGUUUUUUCCUAAUCAGGCACAACACGACGAGUUGUGAAUUGUAUCUGUUGUGGCAACAAGCACUAAGACUUGAAUAAAGCCCAAAGUAUGCUUCAGUUUUUAUGCUUACGCUAGGGUAUGUGUAGGUUGCGCAUGACGAAAAUUUUGUCAGCAGCACAGUACAUGAUAAAAUGUGCACACACAGCCCGAUACAAUGUACAUGCAGCUUACACAUGCGCUUUGUCUACAAGGUGGAAAUUCUGGUCUGGGCUAUUGUUUCACAAUCGGAAAUGAAACGGUAGACACCCAUAUUGAUGAGUACUUGUGUGAAGGCAUUAAAACUCUAGUUUAAACUCUAGUUUAAACAAGUACAAAUACAUUUUUAUUGCUCAGUAUUACUUUAGGAGAGAAAAAGCACAGGCACGGGACAAUGAAUCAGAAAGUAAUGAAGGCAUGAUGUAAAAAAGUAACAUCCAUGUGCUGAUUUUUGCAUGUUUUUUUGUUUUCUUUCAGCAACUAGAAACUGGUGACUUGUUGGUGUUUCAGUGGCCUGUCCAAACCAAAGGGAAGAUCGAAGUUUGAAGAACCACAGAAACCACCAUUUCUUACUAGCUGCCAUUCUCUGUCAGUCACAGAGAAACAUUUCCAUUGUCAUUGGUUGGAGGUUUUUCUGGAGAUGUUACUAGAGAUGGAAAAAAAAAUUUCUUUGAAAGUAAAUGCUGACAUCACUAGACUUGAAGAGGGGUGACAUUACAACACAAGCUGUUGCACUAACAAGGUUAAAAAGGGCUUUUUAGUUUUUGGAGGUACCAUGCCUGACCCAUCCUGAGGUCUUCCCAUAUUGUUGCAGGUAAAGACUGUAAAACUGAAAUGUUUUUCUUUUUUUUUUCUUUGUAUUCUUCAAGGGGCUUUAUAAUUUAAAAUGAUGUAUUGUUUUUCUACUAUAGUUCUUAUGUUUGGUUAAUUACAGGUGGGACAGACAGCCUAAGAACAACCUCUUUUGCAUUAGGUCACUACAGGGAUAUGAAAGUAUUAUUAAUUAAUUAAGUGUUUUUACCUGGAUUGUUCUUUUUGAAAUGAAAGUGGGCUCUCUGAACGCAUUAUACACUAGAUCUGAUGGGAUGCUUACACGGACAAAAGAACAAAUCCUCUGACACAUUUCUAAAACAGCACAGGAAAUAAUCCCUGUAUUUACAAAUAUAAACAAUAAUUGAUAACAGUAAUAGUAAUAAAGGUUGUAGUGUGAAUUAUAGGCAUACACUAAAUACUUGAAGCAGCACUACUAUUGUCUAGUGAAGCCAAGAAACCAGCUGCGAACACUACAGUACAGUAUAUACACUCCAUAUUUAAAAGGAAAAGCGAAAUGUAACCGAGUCAUAUGUAGACUGAAAGAUUACAAACCCAGAUAGGCUUGUUCAGUUUGCAUUUAUACAUGUUUUGUACCCAUAAAAACAAUAGUAAAUGAGCAAAAUGCUCAAAUAAUAUUAAAAAAGUUGAGUGAAAACACAGCCGUCACUUCCUGUUACAUCCAUGUCUUGUAAUGUGGAGAGUUAAUGGUUGUAGCUUUGUUGCAGUUUUUGGUACGUGUAAUAAAAUUUGUAGACUUUUAUUUUGCCAUUAAAAACAAAAAUCACAAUUUUGACAUGCAUAGUGUUUUUACUGUUAAAAAAAAUCAUUUGAUAUGUAUCUAAAAGGUUCCUUUUAAUCAAACCUGUAGUUUUUAAAUCACAAAACGCCAGAAACAAUCAGUUCUGGCAUUCAUUUCAUUUGGCUCCAGCAUAUUCAAAUACAUAAUUCAGAGUACGACCCAAAUCCAAAAAUGAUACUUUCAGACAUAUU